AUGGGUCCGCAAAGCUACUUUGGGAUAACCAAUAAGUACCAUAGAUUCUCAGUAGAUGUUCCAUUUUGCCAACAAAUUCGACAAAAAAUGCAACAAUCUCAAAAUCGUCAAGCUGAAGGAAUGGUGCAAGGAAUGAUGGAAUUACAAAUUUCAGAAGGUGAUGGAAUAGAUGGAAGUGGAGUUGGUAAGGGAUCUAUUCCUUCAAGCAUUACAUCAACAUCACAAGGAGGUUCUUCACAAAUGCAACAACAACAUAUGGGUGAAGGAAUUACAAACCAACAAGUUGUGCCACCAUGUAUUCGACAACUACUAGCACUGUCACAUCAUUAUUUUGACAAGUUUAAGAAUGAUGACAAGUUUAAGAAUGAUGCAGGUCCGGAAGAAUGA